AUGGAGCCACUACUAGGAGCAAAAAUUGGUUGCCUAUUUGCCCUGCUGGUGCUCACUCUGGUCUGUGGCCUUAUUCCCAUCUGCUUCAAAUGGUUCCAGACUGCUACAGCCACAGGUUGUCACCGCCGGGUCCUCAGUUUCCUGGGCUGCACGUCUGCUGGCGUUUUCCUGGGAGCGGGGUUCAUGCACAUGACCCCUGAAGCCUUGGAGGGAAUUAAAUCAGAGAUCCAGAACUUGGUGAUACAGAACAGGACAAAGAGUGAGGGGCAUUCUGAUGAUGAUGCUGAUUCAGCUUAUAUGGACUAUCCCUACGGAGAGCUCAUCAUCUCCCUGGGCUUCUUCCUUGUCUUCUUUUUGGAGUCGCUGGCAUUGCAGUGCUGUCCUGGGGCUGCUGAAACACCCGAAGUGCAGGAGCAGGAACUGGGGACAGCUCAUGAGCUUGAACCUCACAGCCAUGGACUUCUCCCCUCCCCCUCACGGGGUCCCUUUCGGGCCCUCAUCCUCUUGCUUUCUCUCUCCUUUCACUCCGUGUUUGAAGGUCUCGCUGUGGGGCUGCAGCUCACAGUCGCGUCUACGGUGCAGCUCUGUCUUGCUGUCCUGGCUCACAAGGGGAUCAUAGUGUUUGGCGUAGGACUGCGGCUGGUGCAGGUAGGCACUGAAUCACGUUGGGCCAUGCUCUCCAUUCUGUCUUUAGCUCUCAUGUCCCCUCUGGGCCUAGCUGUAGGGCUGGCUGUGCCUCAAGGGGACUCUAAAGCUGGACAAGGUUUGGCGCAAGCUGUGUUAGAAGGCAUGGCAGCUGGUACGUUCCUGUAUGUCACCUUCCUGGAAAUUCUGCCCCGGGAACUCGCAAGUCCUGAAGCCCCUCUGGCCAAGUGGAGCUGUGUAGCUGCUGGUUUUGCUUUUAUGGCUAUCAUUGCCUUGUGGGCCUGA